AUGCAGCUGCAGCCUGAUCGGAAGCAGAGAGUGGCGCCAAACAUGAAGAAGCGGAAGAGAAGGGCACGAAUUCAUGAUGAUCUAAUCAUUGGGAUAUUGGCUAGACUUCCACUAAAAUUUAUAGUACGUUUUCGAUGCCUUUCCAAAUAUUGGAACGCUUUGCUUACGAGCCCAGGCUUUAUCAGGAUACACCUCAAUCAUGUUAAAGCAAGCAAAUCCAAUAAUAUGCAUCAACUUAUUCUCUCUUCUACUUAUACUCUUCAAUUCAUGAGGUACGAAUGCUUCGAGAAAACAUCACGCAAGCUUAAUUUUCCCCGGAUAUAUCCAAAGAGGAGACGUUUUCUUUUUGAAAUUUUAGGUUCUUGUAACGGCUUGUUAUGCCUAGUUGUGUCAAGGAAAACCCUCAUUUUAUGGAAUCCAAGUAUAAGAGAGUUUAAGAAAUUACCUCUCUCCUGCCCUCUGGGUAACCAUAAGAGGGGAAACAAUAAGAGGAACACCUUCGGAUUCGGCUAUGAUUACUCUACUGAUGAUUAUAAGCUCAUAAGAUUUGUUCAUGUUAUAGAUGGGAUAGAAUUAUCAUAUAUCUAUUCACUAAGAUCUAAUACAUGGAAAAGAAUCCAAGGCUUUCCUGUUUCUAUAAACUUUUUCGAAGAUUUAAUUUCAGGGACUUUUGUUGAUGGAGUCCUUUAUUGGAAUAUUAUAUAUCCGGGUAAAAUAAUUCCUUGGAUUCUUAGAUUUAAUCUAACAUCUGAGAAGUUUGAGGCUUUAUCACCGCCUAAUGACGUAAAUAAGGAACAUGAUUUUACAUUGCGGGAGAUUGGAGGAUGCUUAAGUUUGGUUCAAAAUCUUCAGGGGCGUAGCAUAGACAUGUGGAAACUAGAGAAGGAUAACACGAAACAGGGUUGGACAAAGUUCAUGACAAUUAUGAAUCUGCAAACAUUGCCAUAUCCACAUAAUUUGGUGCCAAUAUGCAUUAUGAAAAAUGGUGAAGUCCUCAUUACCUAUAGUAAAAAUGUGCGAUUCUUUGCAAUAGGUGGAAAGAGAAGCAGAUUUGAAUUGUAUGAUCCGAGGACAAGCACAUUCAAAAGACUAAAAGUUUGUGGUAUAAGGCAAUGGUCUCAAGCAAUAACAUAUACGAAGAGUUUGGUUUCACCAAAACUCUUGAUGGCUUGUGAUGGCAUGAGAGUAGGCAAUUGA